AUGGAGGAAAUGCCAUGUCUUGUCAUUGACAACGGGAGCAGCAUGAUGAAAGCUGGAUUUGCUGGUGACGAUGCUCCACGAUGCGUCUUUCCGACCAUUGUUGGAAGACCCCCACACCGACCCAUCAUGGUUGGUAUGGGAAAUAAAGAUUCCUAUGUUGGUGACGAAGCUCAGAGUAAGAAAGGUCGUUUGAUACUGAAAUUUCCCAUCGAUCGUGGAAUGAUCAAUGAUUUUGAUGAUAUGAAUAGGAUUUGGCAUCACACCUUUUACUAUGAGUUAAGAGUGGCUCCGGAGGAACAUCCUGUAUUGUUGACUGAAACGCCAUCAAAUUCAAAAUCGAGUCGUGAAACAAUGACAAAAAUCAUGUUCGAGACCUAUUCUGUGCCAGCUCUCUAUAUUGGAGUUCAAGCAGUGCUAGCAUUAUUCACUGCAGGCCGUACGACUGGAAUCGUUUUAGAUUCAGGUGAUGGCAUCUCACAUGUUGUUCCAGUCUAUGAAGGAUUUGCCUUGAAACAUGCCAUUUCAAAAUUGGAGGUGAGUGGAAGAGACGUGACCGAGUAUUUACGUUCCAUUUUAGGAGAACGAGGCUAUUUCUUUCAUACGACUGCGGAGAGAGAAAUUGUGAGGGAUAUUAAGGAAAAGUUGUGUUAUGUAGCAACUUCGUAUUUUGAAUUAUUGAAAAAGGCAUCUACAACAUCUAAUAGUACUGAUGUAACGAAUAGCAAUAGUAGUAGUGAUCAUCCUAAUAAUGGAAUAGAAAAAACAUAUGAAUUACCAGACGGAAGUAUCAUCACCAUCGGAACGGAGCGAUUUCGAUGUACAGAAAUAUUAUUUCAACCCAACCUAUUGAAUCGGGAUGAGUCAUGUACUGAAGGCUUUCAUGAAGCCAUCUUUCAUUCCAUUACCAAAUGUGAUUUGGAAUUACGUAAAGACAUGUACACGAACAUCGUACUAGCAGGUGGAAAUACUCUCUUUGAAGGUAUAUCUGAACGAUUGAAAAGAGAAGUAGAACAGUUGGCUCCUCGUUCCAUGCGCAUUGAUGUGAGUGCUCCCUUUGAACGUAAAUAUUCGGCAUGGAUUGGAGGUUCCCUAUUGGCCUCACUCUCUGCUUUUUCAACCCAUCAAAUGUACAUGACUAAAAAAGAGUAUGAGGAAGUUGGUCCUGCGCUCGUUCAUCGAAAGUGUUUUUAG